AUGAAAGCAAAUUAUAAAAGUCUUCAAUUUGUUUUCGUUAGUUUCUUAUUUUUAUUCGCAUCGCCCAUUAAAGCAGAUGAUGAACAAGAACUGAUUGCAAAUGGGUACAGCGUUCAAUCAGUCAACGCCGAUUCAUCGGGAAAAUCGUUGAACGCUAUUCUUCAGCUAAUCGACGCCAAUAAUUCCUCCCUUUACGCUCCUCAUAUUCCUCUCCUCUCCCUCGUAGCCAGCUUGGAAACGAAAGACCGUCUCCGAGUGACGAUAACCGACGCCAACGCCACCCGUUGGGAAGUCCCCGACGACAUCCUCCCGCGGCCGCACCGCCCCGACAACCACUCAACACCGCAUGCGCCGCUGCUCUCCGACCCCAGCUCCGAUCUCACCUUCACCCUCCAAAACACCACCCCUUUCGGCUUCGCUGUGGGCCGCAGAGGCGUCUCCGGUGACGCCCUCUUCAACGCCACGCCGAGCAACAACAACUCCUGGACGUACCUCGUCUUCACGGACCAAUACCUGCAGCUCUCGUCGUCUCUUCCGACCAACAAUGCCUCCAAUCUGUACGGCAUAGGAGAGCACACGAAGGGCUCCUUCAAGCUCCAGCCCGGCCAGACGCUGACGCUCUGGAACGCCGACAUCGGCAGCUUGAACACCGAUCUCAAUUUGUAUGGAUCGCACCCCUUUUACAUGGAUGUGAGGCCUAAUGGGAUCACUCACGGCGUUUUGCUGCUCAAUAGUAAUGGCAUGGAUGUCGUCUACUCCGGUGACCGGAUCACGUACAAGGUGAUCGGAGGGAUUCUUGAUCUGUAUUUCUUUGCCGGGCCGACUCCGGAGCUGGUGAUGGAACAGUACACCCAUCUCAUCGGCCGCCCUGCCCCCAUGCCAUACUGGUCUUUCGGGUUUCACCAAUGUAGAUAUGGCUACAAAGAUGUUCAUGACGUGGAAGGCGUGGUGGCUGGCUAUGCAAACGCUAGCAUUCCAUUAGAAACGAUGUGGACCGACAUUGAUUACAUGGAUAAAUACAAAGAUUUCACUCUCGAUCCACUUAACUUUCCUGAAGAUGAAAUGAAUAAAUUCGUCGAUCAACUCCAUAAAAACGGUCAGAAAUAUGUCGUCAUUGUUGAUCCCGGGAUUGGUAUAAAUGAAUCGUAUGCGACAUACCAGAGAGGAUUGAAAGCCGACAUCUACAUCAAGCGCGAUGGCGUGCCUUACGAAGGGCAGGUCUGGCCGGGGAAGACCUACUUCCCCGACUUCCUCAACCCAGCCACCGGAGAUUUCUGGACUAAUGAGAUCAAGAUUUUCCGGGAGCUUCUCCCCAUUGACGGCCUCUGGAUCGACAUGAACGAGCUCUCCAACUUCAUAACCUCCUCCUCCACUUCAAAUUCGAGUUUAGACAAUCCGCCUUACAAGAUCAACAACGGCGGAGGCAAGCGCCCCGUAGGCGACAGGACUGUGCCGGCGACGGCUCUCCAUUUCGGGAACGUGACGGAGUACAAUGUGCAUAAUCUUUACGGCUUCCUGGAGUCGAGAGCGACGUAUUUCGCCCUGGCUAACGUGACCGGGAAGAGGCCCUUCGUGCUGACCCGCUCCACCUUCGUCGGCGCGGGCAAGUACGCGGCGCACUGGACGGGCGACAAUGCCGCCAGCUGGAACGACCUUGCCUACACGAUCCCCAGCAUCUUGAACUCGGGCUUGUUCGGCCUUCCCAUGGUCGGAGCUGAUAUAUGCGGCUUUCUGAGAGACACGAAUGAGGAACUCUGCAGAAGAUGGAUUCAGUUGGGAGCAUUCUAUCCCUUUGCUAGGGAUCACUCUGACAAAAACAGUGGGCGUCAGGAGCUCUACCUCUGGGACUCCGUGGCGGCGUCGGCUCGCACAGUCUUGGCGCUUCGCUACAAGCUGUUGCCGUAUUUCUACACGUUGAUGUACGAGGCCAGCACCAAGGGCGUGCCUAUUGCGAGGCCGCUCUUCUUCUCCUUCCCUGCUGACGCCAACACUUAUGGAAACAACGCUCAGUUUUUAGUGGGAAGGAGCGUGCUCGUCUCGCCCGUGCUGGAACAGGGCGCGCUCACAGUGAAUGCCUAUUUUCCCAAGGGGAAUUGGUUCAACAUGUUCAACUACUCGAGCUCGUUGAGCCUCAAGCAGGGGGGGUACGUGCAGCUGGACGCGCCGGCUGAAUCCAUCAACGUGCAUGUUGGCCAUGGGAGCAUCGUAGCGAUGCAUGGCGAGGCGAUGACGACGCAGGGGGCGAGGGCCACGCCGUUCCAUUUGCUGGUUGUGAUGGGAGAGAGUGGGAAUAGCUCCGGGCAAGUGUUCUUGGAUGAUGGUGAUGAUUUGGAGUUUGCAGGCGAGGGAGGGAGAUGGAGCUUAGUCACAUUUAACGCUGGUUUGGUGGGGAAUCAAGUGAUUGUUGAAUCGAGAGUUUUGAAUGGGGAUUUUGGUCUGAGCCAGAACUGGACCGUUGGUAGUGCCACCAUUCUUGGAUUGAGGAAGAACAGCACACAAGGAUGUGAGCUGCCUGCUGACAGCAAUGGAUUUGUAAAAUUGGAGGUGUCGAAUUUGUCUUUGCCUAUUGGGAAAGAGUUCAAGAUUCAGACCAACCCUUGUCAGCAAAAGAGGCUUCACUGGUUAAGGGGUUAGCUUAUGCUUGAGGAGUAUGAGUUAUUGUCCGGAUGGAAUGCAUGUUCAGCCACUCAUCUGUUUAUUAUGUUGAGAUUUGCGUACCUUUUAAUUGUUUAUUAAUUAUAUGAGAUUCUCAUUGUUUGUUGAUCGAUAUGUCAGUAGGAUGUUUGCAGUCAUGUACCUAUAAUUCCUAUUUUUAUAUAAGUUCUUCAAUCUCAAAUGUUA